AUGAUGGACAAGCUACAGAGAGACGGAAAGAGCCUGAUGGCAUGGACACUGCUGUUUUACCUAGGCUCACAGGUGUGCUGUCAGCAGUGUGGCAGCCCUUGUCAGUGCCAAAGCUCUGUACCAGACUGCCCAGAAGGCGUUCCUCUCAUUCUCGAUGGGUGCCAGUGCUGUCAGGUGUGUGCGCGGCAGCAGGCUGAGGCCUGCAGUGAGCUGUUUCCGUGUGACAGUCAACGCGACCUGCAAUGUGACUAUAGCGCCAGCUUUCGUGGAGACCCAGGAGAGUGUGUCAGUCAGAUGGAGCUGGGCUGCGAACAUAAUGGAGUCUCUUACCAGGAAGGCCAGGUAUUUCAGCCCUCCUGUGCUCUUCAGUGUCGUUGUUCGGGUGGAGGGGUGACCUGUGUGCCCCGGUGCAGUGAGGAUGUUCUCCUGCCCACCCCAGACUGCCCUCAUCCUCGAAGGGUUCAACAACCAGGAAAAUGCUGUAAAGAGUGGGUGUGUGAAAAUAUGGACAACACAGUGCUUCAGGAUGCUCACAUAGGAAGAGACCAGACAUUGCCUGCAGACUCUGCAUACCAAACCAGACCUGGUUCAAACUGCAUAGACCAGAGCUCAGAGUGGAGUGCUUGCUCACACACCUGCGGGCCUGGAAUAUCCACACGGGUGUCCAAUCAAAACCCGGCCUGUCACCUGGAGAUGCAGAUGCGCUUGUGUAUGAUCCGACCCUGUCAGCCUGUUCUCCAGAGAAACCCACAGUGGUCAAGGAGGAAAUGCCAACCCACCUACAGGUCAGUGACCCCGGUACGGCUUUUCCACCAGGGCUGCUGUAGUACGCAGUUCUACAGGCCCCGUUAUUGUGGCUCAUGUAAAGACAACCGUUGUUGCACUCCUUACCACACUGGCACGGCACUGGUCACUUUCCGCUGCCCUGGAGGAAGACUGCUCAAUCAUGCUGUCAUGACCAUCAACUCCUGCAUCUGCCAUUACAACUGCCCCUAUUCAUCUGGAGGGGCAUAUAGAGGGACUCCCUUCUGGGGUUAG